UUCCAGAACGACGACAAGGCUCUAGUUUUUAAGGUCGGCGUGAAUAGUUUUGUUUUAGAACUUUUUUUUUUCAAUUAAUUCCCAGCUGAACAAUGGUCUUCUAUUUUAAAAGUUGUGUCGUUGAUCCACCGGCUGUGCUGUACAUGGGAAGGGAUAAGUUUGAGAAUGAAGACUUGAUAAAAUGGGGCUUUCCAGAAGAUGUUUGGUUUCAUGUACACAAUUAUUCAUCGGCACAUGUCUAUCUUAGAUUAGAAAAGGGCCAAACAAUUGAUACCAUACCACCCGAUGUCCUAACCGACGCCGCUCAACUGGUCAAGGCCAACAGUAUUCAGGGAAACAAAAUAAACAACAUAGAUGUAGUCUAUACCAUGUGGGAGAAUUUGAAAAAGACUCCCGACAUGGAACCCGGCCAGGUGGCCUAUCACAAUGAAAAGGCUGUCAAGAUGAUACGCGUUGAGCGUAGAAAAAACGAAAUUAUCAAUCGUUUGAAUCGCACCAAAACAGAAGACUAUCCCGAUUUAAGGGCGGAGCGUGAGAAACGUGAUGCCCAGGACAGGGCUGAGCAAAAGGCCAAGCUGCGAGCACAAAAAGAACUCGAAAAGGAGCAGGAAAAGAAACGUAAAGAAGAAGAGGAAUUGCGUAGCUAUACGGCAUUGUUGAAAACCGAAAAUAUGACAACAAAUCAGGAUGGCAAUGACUCCGAUGAUUUUUGGUAGAGUUUUAAAGAUCUUUUUUAUAUGUUUCAAUAAUAAAAAAAAAACAAAUUGUUAAAAAA